GAUGUUAUCCACGAUUUACAUGCAAGGCAGUGAUGCAAACAAGGAAUUAUUGUGUGGUUGCCUUUUGGGUAAAAAGACCCCUGUCUCUCUUCGCCCACUAUGCGGAGGCUUAACGAUACCGACGCCGUCCGUAUAGGUCGCAUAUAAGGGAUAUUUUAUGGAAGGUGGGACGAGGGAGAGGUUGUGAGGCUGGAGAGUCGAGACAUCGGCAGAGCUAGAGGCUAGAGAGAGAGAAGCCUUAGCAAGCUAGCUCUCGUGACAGUAACAGUUAGAACGGAACAGUGACUUUUUCCGUACAACAACCCGUCGGCUAGGUCAUCAUGGCCACGAAUGGUAACAACUUAACGCCUGGGAUGGGAGAGAUCAUCCAGUUAAACGUCGGUGGGACAAGGUUCAGCACCUCCAGACAGACUCUGAUGUGGAUUCCAGACUCUUUCUUCUCGAGUUUGCUGAGUGGAAGGAUAUCCACUCUUCGGGAUGAAACUGGAGCUAUAUUUAUUGACAGAGACCCUACAGCUUUCGCACCAAUUUUGAAUUUCCUCCGAACCAAAGAAUUGGACCUGCGGGGUGUCAACAUCAGCAUCCUGCGACAUGAAGCAGAGUUUUACGGGAUAACUCCUUUAGUACGGCGCCUGCUGCUGUGUGAGGAACUGGACCGCUCGUCGUGCGGUAGCGUUCUCUUCCAUGGUUACCUACCACCCCCAGCCAUCCCUGCCCGUAAGUCAAGCCCUGCCUCAGCAGCCUCUGGCCCCUCAUCUGAUGAGCGGCCGGGUCCAAGUGGAGCAGAGGGCUUCACCCGUGUUGGUCCCCCUCCUCACCCUUCCCUCUCUGGCUCACCUGGAACAGACGACAACCACAAACUGGGUCCUGUGGUUGACCCCAGGAAGGUGCUGAUUAUAGCGGGACACCACAACUGGAUUGUGGCAGCUUAUGCACACUUUGUUAUCUGCUACAGGAUAAAGGAAUCUUCUGGAUGGCAGCAGGUGUUUUCCUCCCCCUACCUUGACUGGACCAUUGAACGCAUCGCGCUUAACGCUAAGGUGGUGGGUGGCCCGCAUGGAGACAAGGACAAGAUGGUGGCUGCCGCCUCUGAAAGCAACAUUAUCCUCUGGAGCAUCCAAGACGGAGGCAGUGGAAAUGAGAUAGGUGUAUUCAGUCUUGGUGUACCUGUGGAUGAUCUGUUCUUCAUUGGGAACCAGCUGGUGGCUACAAGCCAUACAGGGAAGGUUGGGGUGUGGAAUGCUGUCACACAGCACUGGCAGGUUCAAGAUGUGGUUCCUAUUACCAGUUGUGACACAGCAGGAUCCUUCCUUUUACUGGGUUGCAACAAUGGGUCUAUCUACUACAUAGACAUGCAAAAGUUUCCACUGAGGAUGAAGGAUAAUGAUCUUCUAGUGACAGAGCUUUAUCAUGACCCUUCAAAUGAUGCCAUCACUGCUCUGUCUGUCUACCUCACACCUAAAACCAGUGUGAGUGGGAACUGGAUAGAGAUAGCCUAUGGGACUAGCAGCGGUGCAGUAAGAGUGAUCGUGCAACACCCAGAGACAGUGGGAUCGGGCCCCCAGCUCUUUCAGACAUUCACUGUGCACAGGAGCCCGGUGACAAAGAUUAUGCUGUCAGAGAAACAUCUGGUAUCAGUGUGUGCGGACAACAACCACGUUCGGACGUGGACGGUGACCCGGUUCAGAGGGAUGAUCUCCACCCAGCCAGGCUCCACCCCUCUGGCUUCCUUCAAAAUACUGUCCCUGGAGGAGACAGAGAGCCACGGGAGCUACAGCUCUGGGAAUGAUAUUGGUCCAUUUGGAGACAGAGACGAUCAGCAGGUUUUCAUACAGAAGGUGAUCCCCAUCACCAACAAACUGUUUGUGAGGCUCUCAUCUACUGGAAAGAGGAUCUGUGAAGUGCAGUCAGUGGAUGUGACCACCAUCUCUUGCUUCAUGGUGCGGGAGUGUGAGGGUUCAAGCCGGAUGGGGUCGCGACCUCGGCGCUAUCUGUUCACUGGCCAUGGCAACGGCAGCAUCCAAAUGUGGGACCUGACAACUGCCAUGGACACCGCUAACAAAGGAGAGGAGAGGAAGAGAGAGGAUGCAGGUGGGCCUACAGAGGAGGAGCUGCUGCAGCUGUUGGACCAGUGCGACCUGAGCACCUCCCGCUGUGCUACACCAAAUAUUAGCCCCGCCCCCUCCAUGCUGCAUCACACACGCCUCAGAGAGUCCUGCUCAAGUCUGCAGUUACAGGCCCAGGAGCCCAUUCCUGAGAGCCAGGCUACUUACGGAGCUGUGCGACCCUACAGAGCGAGCCCCCUGCUGGCCCGCGCACGACGAACUGAGUCCUUCCACAGCUACAGAGACUUCCAGAACUUCAGCCUGAGUCGAGGUGUCCUGGACAGCACUGGUCAGGCGUCCACACAGGGCCCCAGCCAGACCCUUGAUGUCCGCCGUUCGCUCUGUGACUUUGGGCCUGACGACAGCGAGCGGAGAGCCACAGCUAUGGAGUUCUGGGCUUGUCGAACAUCCAGUUCAAGCUCUAACACAAUUAUCGGAGCUAUUACGAGUGCUGGUGUUCUCGGGGUGAAGACAGAAGGUGGUCAAGAGUCUCUACGACAGCCGCCUGACAGCCCGAUUCCCAGAGGCGACGUUAGGCGGAAGGUGCACCCAAACCCAGAAGAGGGAGAGGGUAUGGGAUCAGGGGGAGAGGGGGUGAAGGUGGAGGGAGGCGUGAGGAAGAGGGGAGUACUAGAAGGAGGCUUUCUGGGGAGGAAGAAAGCUCCUCCAGUCCCCCUCCUCUCCUCCGUGCCCUCUGGAUCUGAAGGUGGUGGCAGCGACUCAUCUGCCAACGGCUCCCCUUCCCCGACCAAAGUGUCUUCUUCCUCCACCUCACCGCGACACAGGAAGCUGGCCCCUGAGUUGUCCAAUCAGGACAGCAGCCUGUGACAGUGCCCACCACCCUUUUCUUUCCAUCUCAGUCAGAUGAAUCAUCUUGUAGAGGCGUCCUGUAGACACACGUGGAGUUCUGGACAUCCCAGAGGAGGAGGAAUGUGGCUUUUUCAGGUGUGGCUAAUGAUGUAACUGGAUAAAUGACCUUCUAGUUUUGGGACUCCACACAAGAUGCUACCAUGCUUUAAUGAUGUCUCAGGACAGGUUUGCUUUCUACGCUGACAAACCUUUAUUUAAACGAUACACCUUUUUUUUUUUAUUUAAGUCAGUGCAACUCAAACAUUGGUGUCAUACUUUUAAAGGCAAAAUCUAUCUGACAUGAAGAUGCAGUUGCAACAUCCCAACGACAACAGCAUGUCAUCUCAACCAGGCCAGGAAUGCAUUUGGGUUUUGAUCUUUUAAGGGAUUUCAAUUUUUAUCACACUUGUAAAAUCUGCUGGGCACAACUGGACCUCCGACUAUCUCAGAUGGCUUUUGGUGUAACAGAUGACGGGUGAUGAGGUUUGCACUUUCAGCUAAAAAUCUGAAAGCAGUUAGUCUAAUAAGAGAACUGCUGAAAUUGGUUUCUCUCCCUGUGUGUUCAAUCUAAAUCUUAACAAACAUACAGUAACUACAGGAACAGGCGUGUUGUUGCUGCCUGUUUGGUUGAAGCACAAGCAGGUGUUAGGCCACUAAAGUGUAUCUUGAAUCAAGGUUCAUCAAAAUCAAAAUCAAAAACAAGCACAAAAGCACACUACUACUAAAAGAAAAAGGAUUUCAAACACUAUCUAAGGAGCGCUUUAUCUUGUGAGACCCUUAAACAGAUAAUGGAAGCAAAAUGGAAUUAACAAUGGCACAGUUUGUACUUUUAUCAGAUAUCUGAAGUGUUUUUUUUUUAUUGACAUAUAGUCUGGUAGGAAUUUGUUCAGAACCUGACCUAAGUCAUUUGAGCUUUGAACAGAAAACUAACAACAAACUAUAAUUUUCAUCAUAAAUAAAAAAAAAUACCCAUUACAAAAACAUUCAAAUUACAGUGAUAUAAAACAGAAAAAGGUUGCCAUUUUUGGUGAUUGACCAAACAAUUAUUGAAUAAUCGUUGCAGCAUUUUAGAUUUGGAAGGAUUAGGCCUCUUUUAAAAACUCAGUAUGUCGAGUGUCUCUGACAAUAAGUGCAACCUGUCGUUCCGUGAAUGGCUUCUUUAACAUAACUUAAACAUGUUGCCCUACCAGAACAUUGGCAGCUACUUGAACUCUAGUCCCGUGUAGCCAGACCUGUUUAUCAUUCUGCCAUAGGGGAAAAAAACGCUCUGGCUUGUUUGUAUUUCUUGAAACCAAUCACAAUCAUCUUGGGUGGCGCUAAGCCCAGGGUGCAGUGACAGUGCCCUUGUCGGGAGGGAACUUGUUUUAGUGGAACAUUUGCAUGUGGAGAGGCUAAAUCCCCACAAAAUAUCAAUUAUAUAAAUAUUUGUAUAUCAUUACAACCAUUCACCAAAAGAACCAAGCAGGCCUGCCUUAUUGGACGAUCCAAAUCUUCGUCAAAAAAUGUGAUUUUCAGCGUGUAUGUUGCUAGUUUGGACGUUAUUGUUGUUGUUGUAGUUUCCCUUAGUGAAGGGCAUUGUAAAAACGGUAACACGCAGAUAGAGGAAGAGGAGAGAAUGCCGCAUGAAAUACAUGGCCAAUGGCAUUCUUAUGCCCACAGUAUACAUCUGGGGAGUCAGACUACUUGAACCCUAAUGUGUAUUAACUUUGCUGCAGCCAGAGACACAAUUGUUGUUUGAGCAAUGACACAAAAAGCCUACAGUCAGCAAGCAGUAAAGUCAUUUUGCAGCUCCAGCAUGCAGUAAAACCAUCCUGGACUAUGCAACAGUGGAGUUAAGAUGCCUGAAGAGCUACACUGUGAUUUUCACAUGAAGACUCCAGGAUUGAUAAAUAGUAUGUGUUACACAUGGAUGUUGGCCUGCAACAACAAAUAAUCCUCAUGUGAACAGGUCCCUGCUUUUCACUACAGCUGGCUAUUUGAAAUGUAACUUUACAAGUUCCAGGCAAUUUGCAAUAUUAACUUAUGCUAACAGUAGCAUUACAGCCUCCCUGCAACAUGUGACAUGCAGUGCAUUGACCUUUCACUGCAGUCAUUUUGACUUGUCAUAGAAGGAAAAGCACAGGUGAAAAAUGUCAUUAGUGAUGGGUUUGUUUCUAUCAAGUGUCCCAGUAAACCAUGAAAGUGAGCCAGCAUGCACAAAACCAGGACCCUGGAACUAGCUCAGCUAAAUGGAAUGCAGUCCUUUAUCAAUUACACCUGUGCUUGACCUGCUUUGACAAGCCAAAAUGUCUUUAUAAUCCAACACAGCAAUUUGAGCAAUUUUCAUAAAACAUUUGUAAAUGUGAAUUUGAAAACAAAGUAGUGGCACAGUGCUGGAGCUUACAGUUUAAGGACAGCUUUAUGUUUUUUUUGUGUGGAGAUUGAUUCAUCAAAAAGAAAGAUCACAUUUAGACGGCAAACAGUGACGGCAAAUCAAAUAUACAACAACAUCUGUUCUUUUUGCUUUGUGGUAUAUACAGUAUAUGACCUUUUCCUUGAUGUCUAAACAGAUAGAAAUAAUAUGGUAAUUCUUCUAAUUUUACUGUUCAGACAGCUAGAAAUAAGGAAAAACAAUUUGUGUUCCGGUCUAAAUUUAGUCUGUUUUUUUCACAGUGGUGCCUGUACAAGAUCACACUUAUUAUUAUUAUUAUUAUUAUGUAUAUCUUAUUUUGUUUACAGUAUCACAAUAUAACUACACUCAAUACAAGGGCCUGGUACACUACAUCACUUUACUCCCGUUGAAACAGAUUUUAAUGUGUUUUGUUUUGGAUGACUGUUGCAGUGCCUUAUUUAACUUGUUUGACAGUUAUCAGCCUGUUUGUGUGUUGUCAUUGAAUAGGAUUCUGACCAAAGGCUUGUUAAGACUGUGGAGCCACAUAACGGACCUGUCCACUCUGGUUUUGGCUAGAACUGUCUAAUGAUAGAUUUACACCAGGCCAAAUCAGAUUUUGUGAGUGGUCACUUGAAUCGAUGGGCAUUACAGUACAUAUUAAAUUAUCAACACCUAUUUUACAUAAUCUUGAUAUAGGUGAAAAGGUCCAUCUUGGUUAUGAUAUAGUUGUGAAGGUCUAAAAGGACAGCUGGAAGUGAAAUGGCAGCAACCGUAAUUAGCAUAGUCAUUUUGUGAACUAAACCUGCUUGUUUACUGCUUGAACCCAUCAGAUCCCCUGUGAGAUUUCCACUAGCUGUUUGUUUGGGAUAACUUAAAGAAACCAAGCAAGCUCGUGAUCUACGGAACUUUUUUGUAAUCAUUGUGGGGACAACUGUAAAAAUUUAAUGAUAGAAAAAUGUAAACGGAGCAAGAAAGAAUGUCCUGAAAUGUUAAUUAUAAUUUGCCAAAUCCAGCAGCUAUAUAACCUCUUUUUUUUCAGCACAUUGCUUAUCAUUUCCACAUCAACAGAUGAACUGACCAUGUGGUCCCUGCCUGUACAAAGAUGUACAUUUUAUACACUUAUUAACUCUAUGAAAAGUAGACUGACAUAUUCAAAACAAAAUCCUAAUGUGGAUGCAUUGGUGUGUGUUAUGGUGUGUCGAUACUUACACUGUUGUUCAUUACAUAUUGUUGAUAAUCAUAUAAUGCCUAUAUUGAUAUCACCAUGCUAUUGGACCUAACUGCAUUUGCACUUGCACUAUUAAGACUAAUAUUUAAGUAAAUUGCUAGUGUUUAUUUUAUAUUAAAACAUAUAAAGUUUAAAGUGUAUUUCAGCACAUUACUGUUUGUCUGUCUUCUAAAAUCUGUCUGUCCUUAUCUGUUGUCCCCCAUUUCCUCUCUGGCUAUGUUUACAUUAUAUUACAGCCAGAUGAUAGUGAGCUAAAAGGAAAUCAUGUUUGUUUAAACUGCCCUGUACAUCAUUGUUUUACAUUGUGUGUGUUAGAAAAUGCUGCAUUUUGUUGUAAUAUUAUUUAAAGUGCUGACACAUAUGACAAAUAUGUUAACAUUGAACAUUUCAGAGCCUCAAUGUUCAUGUUCAAUUUAAUCUACAACUGUGUUCACUAAAACCUCUCAAAACUAAA